GCCUAGGCAAUGCCCAGCCGGCUUUCGUCUUUCUGAACACGGACUAACUGGUGCUGUCAUCUAUUGGCAUUAGGUGGUAAUAGGCAAUAAUAGGCACUUAUCAAGGGAAUCGAUGUGUUUGUGGUAAAUAUAGGACGUAUAUUAUUGUCAGAGAUCGGGAAGGUUUACGGACAUGGGCUAUUGCAAUGGCAGAGUGAUCUGAUUACGUAGCCCCGUGGUCAGGACUUCAUGAUCUGGUGCUGAGGUACUAGAGUUUUUGUCAGGUCAACAAGAAAUACACGACAUGGCAAGUGUUGUUGAUCCUGAUAUGUUUCAAGUUCCCUUAGCUGCGCUUUGUAACUCCACAAGGGAAGCACUUUCCACACAUUUGAAUCCAUUGAAAGUUCUUCCAACAGAUGAAGGUCUGCUGAGGGACUGGCGAGGGUUGGCCCAAUUGGCAGGUUUCAGUGGUCAAAUGGUAGCUCUUAUGGGGUCCAAACCUGACCCCACAGCACAGGUGUUAAGCCAGUGGCGGCAAGGAUCAGUUGGCCUUCUGAGAUCUAUUCUUGGCCAGUUGGAUCGUUGGGAUAUUGUGAAUGACACACAAAAUAUGAUGGAUCAUGAUGCUGUUCUGUUUCUGAAAAGGAAGGAAGAAACCGGGGCCUCUGCUCCUGAGUUGGAUGCUGAUGUUGAUAAGGAAAUCUUAACCAUAGCUGAUGUAUAUAGGCUAGAACAGGGCAUGGAGCCACAGCGUUAUGAUGCCUUUCUCCUAUUUGCUGAUGAGGAUCAGGAUUUUGCAAUGCAAAUUAUGGAUAGGAUGGAAACAGAAUAUGGACUGAAGCUAUGUUUGCGAGAUCGUGAUUUGGUGGGUGGUCUGACCUUUGAACAUGAAGCCAUCAUGCGUCUAAUUGCAAGGCGGUGCAACCGACUAAUUGUCAUAGCCUCACCAAAUUUCCUCAAAAGUGAAGCCAAUAAGUUCUUUGUUACCUUUGCUACAGCACUUGGAAUAGAUCAAAGGCUACGCAAAGUGGUGCCAGUCAUGUACCAGAGGUGUCAGCUGCCUCCAGAGUUGACCUACUACUUCUGGCUUGACUACUCCCGGGCUGGGAAGCUGUAUGACUUCUGGACGAAGCUACACAACUCCAUACAUUCUCCUUCUAAUAUGCAGUCUUCCAGGACUAACUUACCGGCUAUUAAAGCUAAUGGUGAAGAAAGCUGUAGUCUCAAACCCCAACCUGUGUUGGAACACAACACUGUCAUUUCUUCUAAUUGGAAGGAUGAGGACCCUGCAGAUUCAUGCAGUCUAGGAAGUGAAAACUCAAGCACACUCAGUCAAAACUUUGAAGCUUCAGUUUUAAAGAAGCAAAAAUCAUUAAGUUUGGAGUCUCUGAAGUCUAAGACAUUCACAAAGCUGUUGAAUAAGAUAUCAAGAAGAAAAGCACAGUUAGCAGAGGCUACAUGAUCCUUUGCAGUGACUCUCAUCAUAACGGGUUCUGUUUACAGUGCCACAGCACAAGACAUUGCAGAACCUUCACCUGUCACAGACAUAAACUCAGAGGGAUCAAUCAUUCAUCCUGGAAACUCUGUACUUGUACUGAAUUUUAUGGCUUUUAUUGGUUAAAAAAAAAACACCAGCCAUGUAUCAUUCUCUGUCUUCCCUACUGAUACAUAUGUAUCAAUGCAUGGCCUAAGUAACUUUACUAUUUACUGGGAUGUUUUCUGCCUUGCUGGAGCAUACAUAUUUGAGCUGUAUCAUGACAGCGUCACUUGAUGGAAGGUUGCUCACAUGUCUGCCUGUAUAUAAAAUGAGUGGCCAUAAUGAAGGAGAGUCAACAUGUGUUCGUAUUCUUUAUGUAAGGCUUCAUUGUGCACUACCAGAAAACUCCGUUACUGAUAUACAGCUUCAUCAAGUGCUUGGGAAAAUUCCAUGUCUUUGAAGAACUGACCUCUUCCACCUCUUGAAGAAUCCCACAAGUUCAUAAUUUCCAAAGAAAUUCACAUUAGGAGUUAGCUCUUGUGUCAGACUGAUAGUUGUGGAUUUGUUGGAGGCAGAAUAUGGAUUGAUUGUGGAGGUGUUAGCGUGAUACAUUUCAAAGUUUCUGGGAUCACCCAUGUAAU